CCCUGCCCGCCUGGCUGUCCCCGGAGAGAGGAGCCCCCUGCCCGCCUGGCUGUCCCCGGAGAGAAGAGCCCCCUGAGCCCCGGGUGAUGCUCCCCAUGUGAGGCCUGCCCCCCUCCUGCCAGGAUGAAGCUCUGUGCUGGGCUUCUCCUCUGCCUCAUGCUGCUCUCCUGUGGCCCCCUGGACAGCCUGGGGGCCCGCACUCACGGUUGUCUAUUCGACCUGAGGCUGUGUUCCAAGAGUGAGACCUGUUUGCAGGAUGGUUUGUUUGGUCAGUGCCGGGAGCGAUCAGAAAGGGACGUUGGUCAAUUCCAGGUGACACCAGGAACCCUCCAGCAGUUGCAGGGUGUUCUGCGCCAACUUACAGCAAAAGGGCUGUCGUGGAGGGAUGAUAUGACACAGAGAGUCAUGGCUCAUGAAAUCGGGAGGAUCCCACAGCACAGGACCCUGGAGCCCCUCGAUGUUCUGGAUGAGGAGAGGACCUCUCUGUCUCACACACCUGGAAGGACAGUUCAGCGUCUUACAGGAGCUGGCCAACCUUCAACGCAGAGAUGGGGUGAUUCCGUCGAUAAACUGCAGUAUUUCAGACCUCGGUUGCCAUCACAACCAUUGGAAUCUACACUACAGAAACAGCAGCGAUUGCCUCUCAACAUGAAGCAAAAUAUUUCUCCCUUGGUGGAGCGAUAUCUGACAUAUUUCAUGCUGAACUCUCAGACUCCCAAGUCCCAGUUUGGUUACCAGGACACAAGUCGACUUAGGAGUCCAUCACGUGCCUUCAGUGCCACUUACACUAGACCAGAGGGCUCAAGAAGACUCGUUUACGGAAGGUACCAAGGAGGGCAAGAAGGACCACUGACUGUUCAUUUGUCCAGCGAAAGACACCAUUCUUGGCCUGAACUGCGGAGGAAACUCCCUCGUAAAAGCGUGGGAAGUGAAAUUCCAGAGGAUGUUCUGGACAGCUCUGAAGGAAUGGAUGGGAUUCCCCAGAUAACAGAUUUUGAUAAGGAGCUACAAGGAGAUGGUCGAGCUGAGGCACUCCGGGCGUUGAGAGGUUCACUUGGAAUGCCAAGUAUAGCAGAUGCUCAGACAGACAUACAAGGUCCAGGUGACGUGGGGAGUUUAGAGAAAAAUGGUUUUGAUGUGAGACAGUUAAGCGAAACGCAGCUGGAACAACUAUCAACUCUUCUUCAGCUUAUUCAGUUGGAUUCGCAGCAGAACCAGGGAGGAAGAAAUCCAGAAAGAAUCCCCCUGAAACGAGUGGCUGAAGGAGACAUGCAACACAUGGCUGAGUCUGAGUCUCAGUUUCCUGUCCCUGAGCUGGCUCCUAGAAGUCCAGAUGCAGCCAAUGACACCAUAGCUCUGGGCACUGAACAACAGAACUUGGACACCAGAAAUGUGGUGAGCACGACAGUUCCCAUUGUCAGUCUUCACCCAGAAAUUGAUGUCCAGAAGAAGGCUGAGCAGUAUAAGAAUCUCCUGGAGGCGAUCAACGAAACAAGAGAACAGAAGACUAUGGAGAAGAAAAAUUACCAUGCAUACGAAGAGUCCAGCGAUGUUCCUGGACAAAGCUCCAGCCAGGUUCAAGAAGAGGUUGGAUACAUCGCCACUGACCAUAAGCCCCUGAGCCCGAAUAAUGGGUUUCGUCUGCUGAAAACCCUGGCACACCGUGUCCAUCUGUCCACUACCAACUUCAUCAACAUCAGUGUUGUUGGACCUGCCCUCACCUUCCAAAUUAAACAGAACCACCAAAAUCUAUCGCUGUCGGAUGUCACAAACCGCGCAGAAGCCUUGCAGUCAGAUUUGGAAUCCGAGACGGGCAUGAAGAUUGUUCAGACAGGAGUUGGAAAGGUUGGAAAUGGCACUGUGUUUCCACACACCAGUCACUUUGGAGACAAUUUGCGCUUCGUUUUGCUCAUCUUUAUCGCCUUGGCUUGCAUUGCUGGUAUUGUUAUUGCAUCAGCCGUCAUUUUCUGUAUUCGCCAACAUGCCAAGCAGCGGGAGAAGGAGCGACUUGCUGGCCUCGGACCUGAAGGUAGCGGCGACUCCACAUUUGAAUACCAGGAUCUGUGCAGACAACACAUGGCGGGCAAGACUCUCUUUAGUCGCACUGAGACUACCGGCGCAGCAGAGAACUCUCGUGUUAGUAGCGUCUCAUCCCAGUUCAGCGAUGUUCCUCAGCCCAGCCCCAGCUCUCACAGCAGCACUCCAUCCUGGUGCGAGGAGCCAGUCCAGUCAAACAUGGAUAUCUCAACUGGCCACAUGAUCCUGGCCUACAUGGAAGAUCACAUGAGAAACCGUGAUCGUCUUGCCAAGGAAUGGCAGGCUCUCUGCGCAUAUCAGGCUGAGCCCAACUCUUGCUCCAUCGCUAAGACCGAAGCCAACCUGAAAAAGAAUCGCAAUCCAGAUUUUGUGCCCUAUGAUCAUGCUCGUAUUAAGCUGAAGAGUGAAAAUAACACUUCCCACAGUGAUUAUAUCAAUGCCAGCCCUAUUAUUGAACAUGAUCCUCGCAUGCCAGCAUACAUCGCCACCCAGGGGCCUCUGUCUCAUACCAUCGCUGACUUCUGGCAGAUGGUGUGGGAAAAUGGCUGCACGGUGAUUGUCAUGCUUAGUCCUUUGGUGGAAGAUGGAGUGAAACAGUGCGAUCGAUACUGGCCCGAUGAAGGGUCAUCUCUGUACCAUAUCUACGAGGUCAACCUGGUCUCCGAGCACAUAUGGUGUGAAGAUUUCCUGGUUCGCAGCUUUUACCUGAAAAAUGUCCAGUCCCAAGAGACCCGCACCUUGACACAGUUUCACUUCCUGAGCUGGCCAGCAGAGGGCAUCCCAAGCAGCACUCGCCCCCUUCUCGACUUUCGCAGGAAAGUGAACAAGUCUUUCCGAGGUCGUUCAUGCCCCAUUAUUGCGCACUGCAGUGACGGAGCUGGAAGGACAGGAACAUACAUUCUCAUAGACAUGGUACUCAACCGUAUGGCUAAAGGUGUAAAGGAGAUCGAUAUUGCUGCAUCCCUAGAACACGUCCGUGACCAGAGACCUGGAAUGGUCCGAACCAAGGACCAGUUUGAAUUUGCUCUCACAGCGGUGGCAGAAGAGGUCAAUGCUAUUCUUAAAGCUCUACCACAAUAAGAAGGAGGUGCCACCAUCCCGCUGUCCCAUUUGGUGUUGUGAUAUUGCGCCUGUCGUACAGGGAUGGCAGCUUCACCCGCCCUGAAAUAACCCAUUUAGUGUACUCUCUGCUCCUUGUGCAAGGGACAAUUCAUACAUGACCAAAUCUUAUGCCUUGACCGCUCUAAGCUUUUGCCCCCUGGAACCACCUGCACCCAUCCCAUUAUCUGUGCUACCUCAUACCUUGGAUGCUCGCAGUGGGCGGACGCUAGUUAGAGAGGGAGGUGUACUAAAUAGUGAAAUGCACAGGCAAAUAUAUUGAGAGUUUCAGUAGCAUGUCAUGUCAGCGUAAAAUAAAAGGUUUUCAUCAAAAUACCACCUCUUCACCUUUUUACUCCUUAGUAAAUAUCUCCUAUAUGUUUUUAGUAGCAAAGUGGUUCUGUGUCUCUGAACGUCUGCUUCACAUGCACUGAUACAAUAACACUUUCUCUGAUUGGAAUUACAGAACGUUUUCUGUGUAUGCAGGAGUAAAUUGCACCUUUUAUAUGUAAUAUGUGGAUUAUUAAAAUUUAGGAAAGAUAAUCAGUAAAUAUUACAUUAAUCAGUUUCUUCUCAGGCAGUGAAAUGCGUAGGAAUGCUGAUUCAACUCUUGAUGAGGGAUCCUUUGGAUACGAAUCUGUUGUGCAACACAUAUAACUACAACAUUAAAGGGAUUCUAUAGUGUUAGGAAUACAAUGUUGUAUUCUUAACACUAUAAAGCCCUCUGCCCCCCAGCAGCUAAAGAGUUAAAAAAUAAACAACCUUUAGUCAUUUACGAUAUUUCAGUGCCAAUUUCCCUCAUUGCUACAUCAGCGCUCAACCUCCUCCGACGUCAUCUGAUGUGGGGGAGGGGAGGCAAUGCACAUUUUUAUUGACCGUGGAUGUCCUCAUGCAGAGUGUGAGGACGUCCAGUGUCAGGCGACCAAAAUGUCCGUUGGCAACCAGGAAGUGCCUCUAGUGGCUGUCUGAUUGACAACCACUAGCGGCAGUCUUAGUCCUGCAAUGUAAUUAUUGCAGUUUCUCAAAAACUGUUCUGUUAAAAAUAAAUCUUGGUUCCCAGGGAGCAUUUUAGCUAACCUUCAACGCAGUAGCUGUUGUGGACCACAAUUCCCAUGACUUCAGUGGUCACAUGAAAAUGUUGCUAAACUAAGCAGUGAUAUUGUCAAUUUUUCCCUGCUCCUCUAUGACAUGAAGCAGCAUUACAGGGAUUGUAAGCUGUUAGAGGACAAUUCCCAUAUACCUCUGAGAGACAAAUAUACAACUACGGUUCAUAGGAGAUGUAGUCCACCAACAACUGUGCAACCCGGCUUGGACUAUCCAUGCCCAUUAUACUAUCCAGCCCUGAAAAAAGUGCCAUUUUUUUCCUGUGAAAUUAAGGAUUUUAGAAAUUCUAUUUUUUGAUAAGGCUAUUUGCAUGGAGUUCCCCUUUGUGGAAUCCGACAUCAUUUUGCUGCUACUGUUCUUACUCCGAGCCAGCCCGAUCCACGCUGCACAAGGUAUGAUGGUCCCAUGUAUUGUGACUUAGAUCAGCUUUCACUUUAUUUCUUGUUCUUAGUGACGGGAAAUACUCAAAACACAUUAACCUUAACACAGAGGUCGACUCAUGGGACAUAUUUCAUUCUGAUUCCAAAUCUUACUGAAAUAAAGCUGCAUAUUUAUUCCUGUGUACAAAUUGUAUUAUCUGUCUGUUAUGAUGGCCUUCCUAACCCCCACCCCCAUAAAACAUCAACUGUAUCUCCUUUCUAAACAAUGCUGCAUUCUCUUUUAGAGGGUCACAGGGGGCCGAAAGUAUGAGUAUCUUAUUUUAUUUUUUUAGCCUCUUUUUUUCCUUCUUCAUACUGCAUUGUAUAAACACUAUCAUCGCCAAAACCAAGAGAAUCAUUUCUAGAAAAUAUAAUAGACUUUAAUUUUGUAUCUUGAUGUGAAUAAAGUAUCUGUGUUGGGUUGUGCAACUGCAAACAAAA